AUGAUUCUGGCCAUCGCCUUGCUGGCAGUCGCCCAGGGUGUCCGCAUGCUGGAUGAUGCUACUUUAAGCGACAUGUUCGUCGAUACAUGCCAGGAUGCAAGAUGCGUUUAUUGGGAUGACCCUGCGCGGGGAUACCGCCAGUUGAAAACCGGCGACUUGGUCUUCCUCUUCUCCACCGACAUGGUUUCCCAGAUCCAGAUGUCCUUUACGCGAGCCGAUGUGAUGCACGUCGGGAUGGCAGUUUGGUCCAAACCCGGUAGAGACGGUUCGCUGCAUUACAUCCCGGAGUUUGACGGUGCGAAUUCUGUCCUUGGGAUGCUGGAGGUGAGCAACCACGUCAUGGAGGAUAUGGAGACAACCGAGUGGAAGAAGGGCUUUCACUACGUCGACAUGUACCACAAGUUGACUCAUGGUUGGCCGGCAGGCCUCCGCGUCUAUAUCAAACCGAGGAAGCAGAAGUUGGACGAUGCUGAAAUGGAUCAGCUUCUUACGAUGUCCUCCUGCUUUCAUUCUCGAAGAGUAGCCUACCUGAAGAUGUUCACCACGAGUGAAUCGUUGCUGGGAAAGUUCUACCGCACCUGGACAAAGUCUACUCGCGAGGUGACAGAAAAGUUCAAGAACAUGUUUUGUUCACAGUUUGCUGCCCUCAUGGUGAUGGUUUGGGAUGGCCAGCUGCAGAUGAACCGGGACGGCAGCGUCACGAGCCAGGACGUAGCAGGUGUGCGACAGCUUCUUCCCGGUGACUUCCACCCCGGCGAUGUCUUCAAGAUUGAGAACGGCAAGUUCAACGAGCCGUACCAACUCCAGAUUCCCUACCCCGAGUACCCGAAGUACCAGCAGAUGGCUUUGCAACAGAAAGCUCUGAUCCAACACCCGAAUGGAAGGGGCAAAGAUGAUUUGCAGCGGCAGUGCGCAAAGCUUCCCUCGAUUGAGUACGUCAAGGAACACCUUCCGACUUUCAUGGCCAAGAUGGAGAAGUGGCAGCGCGAGAACACCUGCGACACUGUCUGUGGGGAGCCAACCAUGGAGAUGCCCGUGCACCCAGGGGGCAGGAACGUGACUUGGAAGAUCUUUUCAGGCUCCUGGAACGAGAAGGAGAGGCGAUAUGAGCCCGACUUCGGCCAUCAUUGCAUGUCGAGCUGCAUGGUCCUCGGCGCAAGAUCUGCGCCAUGUUCCCGUGGCAGGCCAAACUACCAGAAGGUCGCCAAGAUCCAAGAGGGUGGCACCACGUACAAAGCCUGCUGCCGGACGAUUCCCUGCGCCAGGGACAGAGUCGUCGACGCCCGCGACCAACAGGACGAUGAGGAUGAUGAGGAUGGAAUGCGUGCGUGGUUGCUGAGUGCAGAAGAUGAGGACGCCACCUGA